AUGGUCAAAACACUCCCCUUCGGAGACCUUCAGGUCCCCACACCGGGUUUCGGUGCCAUGGGCCUCAACUUUGCCUUUGGCACAAACCUUAGCCUUGAAGAGGCUGAACCGGUUCUGUUGAAGGCUAUUGAGCUGGGAUGUACUUUUUGGGAUACUGCUGUUUCUUACCGGGCUGGAUUGAACGAAAAGCUGCUAGGAGACUUUAUCAGAAAGCACAAUGUCCGCGACAAGGUCUUUAUUGCCUCCAAGUGCGGCUUUGAUGUCUUUGGCGACGGCUCAGUCACCAACUCUGCCUCUCACAUCAAGAGCUAUAUUGAGGGGACGAUUGAAAGACUCGGCUUCGCCCCUGACCUGUAUUAUUUGCAUCGCAUGGAUCCCAAUACACCGCUUGGGGAAUCGAUAGCCGCACUUGACGAGAUACGCAAGGCAGGGAAGACCAAGUAUAUUGGCCUGUCUGAAUGCGCAGCUGAGACCCUUCGCACUGCCAAUUCGAUUGCCAAGAUCGAUGCCGUUCAGGCCGAGUACUCACCGUUCGAGACCCUCCAUGAGAGGGACGGCCUCAUCCAAACGUGCAAGGAGCUAGGUGUAGCCUUUGUUGCAUAUGGUCCCCUUGGACAUGGGUGGCUAGUCGACAACUUCCCUUAUAAGGCCCCCGAAGAUUUCGCUGAGGAUGAUUUCCGCCGAAACAACUGCCCCAAAUACCAAGGCGACAACUUCUACAAAAAUAAAGAGAUCGUCGAGAAGAUGAAGACAAUCUCCUCUCGACGAGGCUGCAAACUCAGUCAGAUUGCGCUUGCCUGGGUUGCUGCGCAGGGCCUGAUUGCGAUCCCGGGAACCACCAAGGAGCAUCGCCUAGAGGAGAAUUGGGCAUCCCGCGAUAUAGAAUUAACCGAUGAGGAGAAGCAGGCGAUCCGGGAUAUUAUUGACUCGACGAAGCCGCAUGGGAACCGGUAUAAUGAGACCUGGCAGGCGAUGGUGGGACACUAG